AUGGCGUCGUCAAACGGUGGAGUUCCACCGGGAUUCCGGUUUCACCCGACGGAUGAAGAGUUGCUUCAUUAUUAUCUAAAGAAGAAGAUAUCAUUUGAGAAGUUUGAUUUGGAGGUCAUUAGGGAGGUGGAUUUGAAUAAGAUGGAGCCAUGGGACUUGCAAGAGAGGUGCAGGAUAGGAUCUACUCCACAAAAUGAGUGGUACUUCUUCAGUCACAAGGACAGGAAGUACCCAACUGGUUCCAGGACGAAUAGAGCCACAAAUGCUGGGUUUUGGAAGGCAACCGGAAGAGAUAAAUGCAUCAGGAACAGCUACAAGAAGAUUGGUAUGAGAAAAACCUUAGUCUUCUAUAGAGGGAGAGCUCCCCAUGGCCAAAAGACUGACUGGAUCAUGCAUGAGUACCGGCUUGAAGACAGUGAUGAUCCUCAAGGCAACUCCAGUGAAGAUGGCUGGGUAGUUUGCCGAGUUUUCAAGAAGAAGUUCUUCUUCAAAUUGAAUUGUGGCUGGCAUCUCAUCAUGCAACCCUUCAAAAGACACGACAUUGAGUUGACGCACCGGCCACCCUUUAGAGAGAGCCAAGGUAAGGGCAACCCGGAUGGUGGUUGGCUUUAUUACCAACAGCAGCUAUAA